AGAUAUUGAAAACUGCUAAAGAUGACGCUGCUUGAAAGUCUUCUUGAUGAAAUAUCUAGUACAACUCCGGUCGACUUUGACCCGGAGAAGGCAAGUGCAGAUGCUAUCGGACUGGGGGCAGAGUCAAAUAGUGAGGCCGAGGGCGAGGAUGCAACAGCAACGGAGCACUACGUCGCGGUUGGACGGGGAAAGAUAAGAAAUCAAUUAGGGAUUGACUUGGAAGAUCCAAAGUACGCCGGACGUAAGGUAUCGCGUAAGAAGGCGUUCGAGGAAGAGGAGGAAGAAGAGGAAGACGAGAGCGAGUUUUUAGAUAGCCAAGAUGUGGAUGGAGAGUUUGAUAGUGAAGGCGACGAGGAAGGUUCCGAAUUGGAUGCGAUGGAUAUCGCAAAGCCUUCUGAGGAUGAGGAGGACGGCGAAGAGGAGGAUAUGCAAUAUGACGAGAGCGAUAGUCAUGACACGGACGAGGACGAAGAGGGAGAAGAAGAGGAUGACAAAAGUAAUGGCGUGGCCGAGGCUCGCUUGGCAAAAGAGCUAGAACAGCUGGAGGUGGAAGAGAAAAAGCUUAUCAAGAGCAUGUCGGUCUCCGCAAAAGCCGAUGUAGAGAAGGGACAACACGUCCGAGCUCAGAUUUCGCUAUGGGACUCGCUCCUUGACGGCCGAAUCCGCAUUCAGCGAGCAGUCGCUGUCGCCAACCGAUUUCCAAAACCUGACGUCUACCAAGACUUCCUCGCCGACAAGACAUCACAAACUGCUGUGCUAGAUGGCAUUGCCACAGCAUCCCAGGAGCUCGUCACCCUCGUCGACGAGCUUCUAGACCUCCGAACCGCCUUGAUCGCCAACAAUGAACAUGUUGCAGAAGUUGUUAAAUCCGCUUCCAAUCCGCGAAAGCGAAAACGAGAUCAUACCAACCCCUCCGUACUUAUCCAGUCAAUAUGGCAAGACAUUGAACCGCUCGAUAGAGAGUUCAAGGAUUACCGCGAUAAAACUAUUGACAAGUGGAACAAUAAAGUGCAAUUAGCAAGUGGGAUACCCCUCCAGAAAAAGUUCAAAGCCAUCAACCAGAGUACUUUGAGCCAGAUCAAACAGAUUCUGGGAGAUAAGGAUCGAUUGAUUAAGCGAACUCAGUUGAGGAGAUCAGAUUAUCGCUGCUUGGGGGAAACUGAAAAGAGCGAAGCAGAGGACCAAGAAAAGGAAGUCAGUGAAGGAAAGGGUGACGCACAUUUGUCAAAUCACGAUGCGGAAAUCUUUGACGAUGGAGAUUAUUAUCAACAAUUGCUAAAGGAGUUGAUUGAGACUAGGAUGGCGGACACAGACGAUCCUGUUCUUCUUGGCAUGAAAUUCGCCCAACUGAAGCAACUGCAACAGAAGCAAAAGAAGAAGAAGAAGGUUGAUACGAAAGCCUCCAAAGGCCGAAAAAUACGCUAUCACGUACAUGAAAAACUUCAAAAUUUUAUGGCUCCCGAACCGAAAGGAACCUGGCAUGAAGAGAUGGUGGACGAGCUGUUUGCCGCCUUGCUGGGACAGGCGAAUCAGGAAGGGAGUAUGAAGGAAAUAGGCGUUGUACAAGAAGGAACGAACUUGCAGUCGGCGGAUGGGCUGAAGAUUCUUGUUGGAUAAUCCUUAAGACAAGUGUUCAUAUUGUUUAUAUUUAAAAUGCAGAAUAGAUAGGCACGCGACAUGUAACAAAUAGCAAAACCGUCUGAUAGAGAAUUAGGUCUCACAGUAAUAGGUUAUAAACAGGUCAAAUCAACACAAAUCAUCUUAAUCUGAUAAGUCCUUUUUCACCGCUCGUGCCCG